CAGAGCAAUAGUGCACCUGCAGCGCUUAUUCACGCAAUCUGCAACGUAUAAAAGCAGCUCAGUUAUACACAUUCAUCAUCAGAAGUAUUUCAGACUCUUACAAACAAACAACUCCAAAAAACAAACAAAAAUGUUCAAGCUUAACGCCAUCCUUGCUGUUGUCUGCCUGUUCGCCGUAGCCACCACCGUCAGUGCUGGACUCCUCGAAACUCACCACGUAGUCCAUGAGCCAGUGUUGGCCAAGGUCGGCUCUGUGGUCCACAGCGCCCCGUCGGCAGUUUCGCACCAAAGCAUCACUCAGGUCCACAGCAAAACUGUUGUAAGCCCCGUGCUCGCCCACGCCGUCAAGACAACCGUUCAUGCCGUUCAUGCCGCCCCAGUUGUUCCCGUCGUUCACGCCGCUCCCGUUGUGCACGCCGCACCCGUUGUUCAUGCCGCUCCUGUUGUCCACAGCGUUCCAGUCGUGCACUCUUUGCCCGUGGUACACUCUGCUCCUAUCGUCAAGAGCAUUGUUUCAGCUCCACUUGCCUACACUCUGCAUCAUUAGAACGUUUUUUGGAUUGAUACACUGAUUGUCGAAUGUUAUGCGAAAAUAAAAAGAAAAUAUAGUUGUGAUAAAAAUUAAAAA